UGUUCACAUGGGUUUUGUUGCCUUUCCUCAAGAUUUUCUCAUAAUGGCGCAAAGAAUCUAAGCUACCAACAGUCACUCCUCCAUCAUUUCCAUUUCACACUCCAACUCCAACUCAAAUGCUUCAUAUUCUGCACUUUUCUCUGGCAUUGGACGAGAGGUUUGUGUUGGAGUUGGGAUUUUAAUCCGUUAAUUUUUUUUUCUCAUAAGUGAACUUUAGAAUUUAUAUUGACCAUUUUGUCAUGGCAAGUUGUACGUCCGUACAUUUUGCUCUUUCUGAUGGUCGAAACCCAGUUGGCGUUUUAAAUGUUCUUGGAGGAAGAUUAUCAAUGUCAAACGACAAUUCCUUAGGAAGAUUCGGGUGUGUUAAAAUGCAAGAAGAAGGGAGUGGGUUUGUGGGUGUUGGCCAAAAGUUAAGUCUGCGUAAAUUCAAAUGUGCCUCUGCCUCCCAUUCUCACAGUGUCAACUCAUAUCCAAACAGAGACCCUUUUCUUGAACUACACCCUGAAGUUUCAAUGCUUAGAGGAGAUGGGAAUAUUAUGUCAGGUAGCCCAAGACAGGAUAGUUCAAUUGAAAGUAACACAGAGAGUUUGGGAGACAAAACCAGUCCAAGUAAUUACGGUGAAGCAAAGAUUAAAGUCAUUGGUGUCGGAGGUGGUGGGUCAAAUGCAAUCAAUCGUAUGAUAGAGAGUUCAAUGAAAGGCGUGGAGUUCUGGGUUGUCAACACGGAUGUUCAAGCUUUGAAAAUGUCCCCUGUGCAAUCCGAGAAUUGUCUUCAAAUUGGUCGGGAGCUUACGAGGGGUCUUGGAGCUGGUGGGAAUCCAGAGAUUGGAAUGAAUGCUGCCAAUGAGAGCAAGGAAGCUAUUGAAGGGGCACUUUACGGAGCAGAUAUGGUUUUUGUCACUGCUGGAAUGGGUGGAGGGACAGGAACUGGUGGUGUUCCAGUUAUUGCAAGUAUUGCCAAGUCAAUGGGCAUAUUGACAGUUGGAAUUGUUACGACUCCAUUCUCUUUUGAAGGACGAAGAAGGACAGUUCAAGCCCAGGAAGGAAUUGCCGCUUUGAGAGACAAUGUUGAUACGCUUAUAGUCAUUCCAAAUGACAAGCUGUUGACUGCUGUUACCCAAUCAACAGCCGUGACAGAAGCAUUUAACCUUGCUGAUGAUAUUCUUCGGCAAGGUGUUCGUGGUAUCUCUGACAUAAUUAUGAUACCAGGACUCGUCAAUGUAGAUUUUGCUGAUGUUCGAGCCAUCAUGGCAAAUGCCGGUUCUUCGUUGAUGGGAAUAGGAACUGCAACUGGGAAGACUAGGGCAAGAGAUGCUGCUUUAAAUGCCAUCCAAUCACCAUUACUUGAUAUCGGUAUUGAGAGAGCCACUGGUAUUGUAUGGAACAUUACCGGAGGAACCGAUCUGACCUUAUUUGAGGUCAAUGCUGCUGCUGAGGUCAUAUAUGAUCUUGUAGAUCCAUCUGCCAAUCUAAUAUUUGGAGCAGUUAUAGAUCCAUCAAUCAGUGGUCAAGUUAGUAUAACUCUUAUAGCUACUGGAUUUAAACGCCAAGAAGAGAGUGAAGGGAGGCCCUUUCAGGUGAGUCAGCAGGCACGGGGAGAAACCACGUAUGGAAUAAAUCGAAGUCCUUCUUUUGCUGAUGGCGGUCUUGUUGAAAUCCCCGAGUUCCUGAAAAAGAAAGGCCGAUCACGCUAUCCUCGGGCUUAAAACUCUCCAUCUUUCAGCUUACUCUAUAUUGCUUUCCUUUCCAAGUACUACUACACAUUGCCUCAUGUAGGUUGUAGAUUUCUACUCCCCAUUGUUUGAAAGUAGUGUGGUAGUGUAAAUACAAAAUUGGAAUUGUAGCCGCCCAAAAUGUAAGAUCAGAGGUUUCUCCUUUGUAGUUUGAGAGCCUUAUUAUAACUGCAAUGAAAAAUACACUUCAUGGAGCUGUACAGUUUUCAAAGAGGGCCCUCUGUUUGAAAUUGACCUUCCUAUUGUUGAAUUUGUUGAUUCUCAUUAUGCUUAACCA